UGAACGGUACGAACGACUAACCGAGAUUCUCCUUCGUCAUUUUCGAAUUUAUCAUUUAUCAUUUAUAAAAAAAAAAGGAAAAAUUAAUUAAGAGAUAAAAAGUGAUAAAGGAAGGAAGAAGAAGGUGUGUACGCGGACACGAAAAGUGUUCGAGGGAGAGAUCGAGAAAAGAAAAAUCGAUAAAGGACCGUGCGAUAAUGUUACUUCGUUACUAUCCUCUUUUCGUUCAUAUCCAUCAUCGUCACCGAGAGGAGGAUCUCUUCUUUGCUGACGCGAAAACGAUCCGAAAGGGAAGAAGUUCGUGAAUUCGCAGGUAGCGCACUAGCCUCCUCUUCUAGAAUGUGAAGGCACGACGAAAAUGCACUUAACGAAGGGAAGCGUUCCGAAAGUCUGCCUGUUGUUGCUACUUUUUUUCCUACAAGGUGGCAGGUGCAUCAAGUGGCUAGCUCUCGGUCGCAUGGCCGAUGCUCGAACGUGGACAAAGGACUCUUGCACCAACGCCAAGAGCUCUGGUCUUCUGGAAAGAAAACAGGCGCGAGCUUGCAGGGCAACUCCCGAUGUAAUGCCUAGUCUGGUACAAGCCGCGAGGGAUACUUCGAUCGUUUGUCAACAAGCAUUUAGACAUCGUCGUUGGAAUUGUAGUAGCAUCGAGGGUGCUCCUAAUUAUACUCCCGAAUUACUAACAGGAACGAGAGAGCAAGCAUUCGUUUAUGCGAUGUCGGCGGCAGCGGCUGUCUGGAGAUUGGCAAGGGGUUGUGCACUAGGCAACUUAGCGGCUUGCUCCUGUGCAACACCACCAAGAAAGGAGCCACCAUCUCCAUCGGCCUUGGUAUCUUCCUCCUCGCUAGCGACGGCAACUAUGUCAUUUGGUGGACUAACCGGUAGGAAUACAUUCAAGUGGGGUGGUUGCGGUGACGACGUUAGAUCUGCCUCGAGGAUGGCCAAAAGAUUUCUUCAGGGUGCGACUCCUCCGGGUACCGGACCAACAGCCAAAUUUUUGCACGCCGUUAAUAUGCAUAACAACAGAGCUGGACGAAGAGCAGUGGAGCAGUCAUUAACUUUGGAGUGCAAAUGCCACGGUGUUUCCGGUUCUUGCAGCGUCCGUACUUGUUGGAGAGGUUUAGGUUCUUCUGGUCCUUCCGUAGCCGGAACUCGUCUUCUUCGAAGGUAUGCCACCGCUGCCGAAGUUAAACCUAGAUCCGGUGGUAGGCUGCCACCUCUCUAUCAUCACGAUAAUCUAUUGUAUACCACCAAGAGUCCAGAUUAUUGUCUUCCGGACAAGAAAAGGGGUAGCCUUGGAACCAUAGGCAGACAAUGUAAUGGCAGUAGCACGGGUUACGAGGGUUGCGAGUAUCUUUGUUGCGGUCGAGGUCACGUUACGAGAACCGAAGAGAUUCUCGAAAGAUGCAAUUGCAAGUACAUAAGUUGCUGCUAUGUCAAGUGCAAGACAUGUAGAAGAAUCGUGGAGACUUACGAGUGCAAUUGAACUAUCGGAUCUUACAAAAGA